UUUAUUAAAUCCAAUGCCUGGGCUUCCUUGGGGGACAUUUUUAUUGACUGCUUUGUUUGUUCCACCCCCUGUAAGUGGACCAGACUUUUGUGUUUCUUUGCAUGCCUUGUAAUUUUUUUUGUUGUUGAAACAGGAUCGUUUAUAGUGUGUCCACCAUGGAAAUCAGACCUCUACCCCUGCCUACCCUGACCAGGAUUUCUUUAAAGCCUCAUGGAACACAUCAUUAUCGCUGGAUGCCCAAACACUUAACACACCUGACAGCAGGCGAAGUGCUCAGAAUGGGACAAGAUGUCACCUGGAAUCAGCACUAAGUGAUUCAGACUGUCCUUACUUUUAAAUGUGCUGUUCUUCAUUUCAAGAUGCCGUUGCAGCUCUGAUAAAUGCAAACUGAUAACCUUCAAGGUCACAACGGAGGAAAAAAUCACUGGUGCUUGAAGCAUAGAAGACUGCCCUUCACAACGAAAAUCCCUGAUUAUUGUUUGAAAUGCUGAGGAAGUUGCUGCGAAGGAGACUUUUUUCUUAUCCCACUAAAUACUACUUUGUGGUUCUUGUUUUUUCCCUAAUCACCUUCUCCGUUUUAAGGAUUCAUCAAAAGCCCGAAUUUGUAAGUGUCAGACACUUGGAGCUUGCUGGGGAGAAUCCUAGUAGUGAUAUUAAUUGCACCAAAGUUUUACAGGGUGAUGUAAAUGAAAUCCAAAAGGUAAAGCUUGAGAUCCUAACAGUGAAAUUUAAAAAGCGCCCUCGGUGGACACAUGAUGACUAUAUAAACAUGACCAGUGACUGUACUUCUUUCAUCAAGAGACGCAAAUAUAUUGUAGAACCACUUAGUAAAGAAGAGGCAGAGUUUCCAAUAGCAUAUUCUAUAGUGGUUCAUCACAAGAUUGAAAUGCUUGACAGGCUGCUGAGGGCCAUCUAUAUGCCUCAGAAUUUCUAUUGCAUUCAUGUGGACACAAAAUCCGAGGAUUCCUAUUUAGCUGCAGUGAUGGGCAUCGCUUCCUGUUUCAGUAAUGUCUUUGUGGCCAGCCGAUUGGAGAGUGUGGUUUAUGCAUCAUGGAGUCGGGUUCAGGCUGACCUCAACUGCAUGAAGGACCUCUAUGCAAUGAGUGCAAACUGGAAGUACUUGAUAAAUCUUUGUGGUAUGGAUUUUCCUAUUAAAACCAACCUAGAAAUUGUCAGGAAGCUCAAGUUGUUAAUGGGAGAAAACAGCCUGGAAACGGAGAGGAUGCCAUCCCAUAAAGAAGAAAGGUGGAAAAAGCGGUAUGAGGUCGUUAAUGGAAAGCUGACAAACACAGGGACUGUCAAAAUGCUUCCUCCGCUCGAAACACCUCUUUUUUCUGGCAGUGCCUACUUUGUGGUCAGUAGGGAGUAUGUGGGGUAUGUAUUACAGAACGAAAAAAUCCAAAAGUUUAUGGAGUGGGCACAAGACACAUACAGCCCUGAUGAGUAUCUCUGGGCCACCAUCCAGAGGAUUCCUGAAGUCCCGGGCUCACUUUCUGCCAGCCAUAAGUACGAUUUGUCUGACAUGCAAGCAGUUGCCAGGUUUGUCAAGUGGCAAUACUUUGAGGGUGAUGUUUCCAAGGGUGCCCCCUACCCUCCCUGCGAUGGAGUCCACGUGCGCUCGGUGUGCAUUUUUGGAGCUGGUGACUUGAACUGGAUGCUGCGCAAACACCACUUGUUUGCCAAUAAGUUUGAUGUGGAUGUUGACCUCUUUGCCAUCCAGUGUUUGGAUGAGCAUUUGAGGCAUAAAGCUUUGGAGACAUUAAAACACUGACCAUUACAGGCAACUUUAUGAAUAAUAAGAAGGAUACACAAAACGUACCCUUAUCUGUUUCCCCUUCCUUGUCAGUGAGCAUGGGGAAGAUGGUAUGAGCUCCUCUUUGGGGCGGGGACUCUAGAUCUUCUUGUCAGAGAAGCUGCACGGUUUUUGCAGAGCACCAUUAGCUAGAAAGGUGAUAACAUUAAAUGUUCAUCUAGAGUUAAUGAUGAGAGGGGUAAAGGUAGCCUUGAGGCCAGAGCAGGUAGCAAGGCAUUCUGGAAAGAGGGGACCAGGGUGGAUGGGGAAGAGGCCGAUGCAUAAAGUCAGCCUGUUCAAAGUGCUCAGGGACUUAGCAAAAUGAGAAGAUGUGACUUGUGCCAAAACUAUUUUGAGAAUUUUAAAUGUGACCAUUUUUCUGGUAUGAAUAAACUUACAGCAACAAAUAAUCAAGGAUACAGUUAAUCUGAUGUUAUAUUUGUUGAAAUGGAAGUUUGAUUUUACUCUAAGUGAUUUUUGUAAAUAAUUUAUUUUCUGCUCUAAUACUGUACUGUGUAGUUUGUCUUUGUAUGUCAUCUCAGGGAGCUUAAAAUGGGCUUGAUUUAACAUUGUUUUUGUGUUAUUUUUGCUUGCAAAAUGCAUACAUUUUCAAAAACAAAAAAAUGACAAUUUCUACUUUAGUUAAUUUCUACAAAUCAUCUUAGGUUAUUAGCAAAGUUAAGACAUCUUUUUUUAAAAAAAAAAUUAUAGCUUCUACAAAGAGAAACACUCCAUUUUUCUAGAGAUUUGCCUCUAUCUUCCUUUCCUCAGUCUCCCCAGACUGCUAUCAAGCUGUGUAAAAAUUUACUUUCACUGGACCCUAAAUUAUUGUCUCUACGAUCUGACUGCCAGUAAUUAGUACAGAAAACUAAGACAGAAAGGAUGAUAUAGGUUUGAGGGGCUGAGGAGUGGGAGGGAGGAGAAAAAGAAUGUAUUUAAACCAUUUUGAUGCCCAUGACAAGUGUAAAAACCAGCAUUGACACCAUCCCCAAAAUUAAGGCUGUCACUCAUUGAGUCUACUUGUGUCCAACCUCCCAGGAUUGUUUUAUCCCAGUGUCACCUGUAUCUUCAUUUGAAAGGACUUGGCCCUAUCCUUGGGUCUUCCCAUUACGUGCCGCUGGGUUGUAAGUUUCCUCCUUUCUCAACCUUCCAUGAGGAGGAAAGAAGUGAGCCGUCAUUCCACGUGGCCUAUUGGAAGGCCUGGGAAGGGAACUUUAGGUUUGGGACAGAUUUUUUUUUAGUUUUUGGUAUCGUUUACAGCAUACAAUUUUUACUCUCUCCAUUUUCACCAUAAGACAGACAAUUUGGGGUUGCUGUAAUGCCGUCUCACAUCUCAAAGUACAUUCAAAUCUUAAAAAGAAGUUCUUAUAAUUUUGCCGUGUUGAUACUGUUCAGCAAACAAGCUACCAGGAACUGUGAGGCUUUGUCAUUUAGCAUUAGACUUUAAACAAGAAAUAAAAUCAUGUGCUGUAUUUUUUAAACAUAGCCAAAUUAAAUAGUACGUGAGAAAUUCAGAGUAUUAGUUUUAAGGCAUUCAACUGAGAAAACCUGUUUUAUUCCUGAAAGUCAGAAAACAUUUUCAUCUUAUUGAGAGGGAUGUUUUUAAACUUUUGUUAUCAUUUGUAAACGUGAAGUUGGUGGAUUGCUGUGUUUUUGCAUGAUUAGCAUGGGAGUCUGUGGGAGCAAGAGGAACAUGUUUUGAAAACUCAAGAGAUAAUAUUGAUGAGGGCGAUACAUGCAGUGUGUUCUCUCUUUAUUGGCUUCUAAACCACUUUUUUCCUUUAAUGCAUGUCAAAUAUUUCUCCCAUGCUUCUCUUAGCAGAAAAGUUUUUACCUGUAAGACAGGGCACUUUUUAACUCUAAAACUAGUGAUACUCGGUGACAUACACUUUGUCUUAUAAACAUUUUUUCAUUUUU